AUGACACAAUUAGGUGAAAGAACGAAGCGAACAGAAGAACGAAUUCAACAGUAUAAAGAUGAAGAUAGAAAUGAUGAAGCUAAGAUAGAAGAAAAAUAUUUAAAUGCAUUAAAACAAUUGAAAGAUCUUAGUGAAGAAAUAUCUUUAAAAUCUGCUUUACUUCUUUCACAAAAUAUCGACAAAUUAGACUUGAGCGAACUAGAAAAUCGAUUGACAUAUGGUUUAGAAAAAUACAAGAUUAAAGAUGUGACACAGUUAACAGAAAGAAUUAAACGAUCGAAAAAGCGAAUUGAACAGUAUGAAGACGAGGAUAGAACAGAUGCAGCUGAGCAAGAAAUAAGAUAUGUGCGUGACUUGGAACAAUUACAAAGAAUCACGGAAGAGAUAUUUUAUCGAAAAUCUACUGAGCCUAUUUUGAAAAAUGAUGAUGCACUGCACCAGAAAACGCGUGCAGAAGAAAUAAUAGGAAAUGUAAGUGAUAGUAGAACUUUCCGUGAAGAAGAAAAUAAACGAGCAGAUCUGAAAAAUUUACUUGACGAUUUGGCCCAUAUGCCCUAUUGUGCUGAGAAAACUAUCAUGGAACUUUUAGCAGAUUUUCAACAGACAUUACUUAGAGAUUGCAUAGUUAACAAAAUGCCCGAUUCAGUCAUUAUGAAAUUAGGAAAAUUGCAAGAUCAAAUUCAAAAGGAAGAACUAUUUUCAGAACAAAUCAAAACUUAUCUUCAAGAUUUAAAUCAAGCCAUACAUAACGAAGAUUGUUCAUCUAUAGUGCGUAUAUUAACUAAUCUCUUAAAGAAAACUCGACCUUUAUAUCUACAGGAGAUACAAAGACUCAUAGAAAAAACAAAAAAGACAGCUGAAUUAAUCAGUGAUAAAGACAUUAUUCUAUUAGUAGGUAUUACUGGUAGUGGAAAAUCGACGACAAUUCAGUUUCUUACUGGUGCGAAGAUGAAAGACACACUAGUAGAAAUCGCUCCUGGACGUUUCUUAGAACAUAUAACAAUAUAUGGACCUGUCAGGAAUGUUGGAUUAAAUAGUGUAACAAGUAGUCCGCUGAGCAAGUCCGAAACUCGAUAUAUAAUACCCAUUACUGUAAAAUUAGAAGAUAUUUUUGGUCUUCAUGAGACUGGAGAGAUCAUUUUAUGUGACGCUCCAGGUUUUGGUGAUACGACAGGCCCAGAGGUCGAUAUUGCUAAUAGCGUAGGGGUUAUUGAAGCUCUCAAAAAUUGUAAGAGUGUUAAGAUACUUGCUCUAUCAAGCUAUAGAAGUUUAGGAGAUAGAGGACAAGGCAUUCAAAAAUUAGCACACAUUUUGAUUAACAUGAUUCGUGGAAUUGAAGAUAGACUUUAUGGUAUUCUGUAUGCAUUCACAAAGUAUCCUUCAACAACAGAUAUUCAUGCACUGUUAUCCGAUAUUAAAGCUUCGAAAGUAGACACAGAUCCUUUGUUGCAAUCGGAUAAUGUUUUUGUAACAGUAUUGACAGACAUGAUUGAUAAAACUAGAAAUGGCGUUGAAAAAAUUGAUCCCAUUCAUGGUAAUCCGAAAAGUUUAAUUCAAAAGCUCAAGUCUCUAAAAGGUAUUUACUAUCCAGGAGAAGUUAUUCGAUUUUCAAUGAGUGAAGAAACACAAAAUAUUAUUUUAAAUCAGGUAGAAAAAUACAAAUUGAGUAUUAUGUGUGCAUUAAAACACAAAGACAUUGAUCUUAUAAUGUAUUGUUUCAAUAACUUUAAGUUCUUAAGUGACUUGAUAAAGCAAAGUUUUGUUCGAGAUGCAUAUGAAGAUUCGAUACGAUUUAUAAGUGAAAAUAUUCAGCAAUAUUGUACAGAUGUGAUAGAAAAAUUCAAUCGUUAUUUAGUUAGUCAAGAUGGAUUGAAAGAAGAAGACAUUCGAGAGUAUAAAACUGCUCAUAAUUACAUCCAACAGAUUCAAAAUUUAAAAGAACAUUUAGGAUCAAAAUUAGUAUCUUCUAAAGUAUUCAUCGAAAAUAUUCUUUCUAAAUUAGAAAAAAGAAAUAUUGAAUUGCAAGAACAAGAUUUGUACAGUCCUUCAAUUAGAAUAUACUUAGAUAAUUUUCGUCUACUUCAAAAUUCAUUUAAUGACCUUGAAUCAUAUUACAAAAAUAUAUGUCAAGAUUUUACUGAGCGUUUUGAAUCCACAUUAAUAAAAUCCGUACCAGAACUCAUUUCAAAGAAUGAAUGUAAACAAGUAGCUGAAAGAAUUUAUAUUAUAUCACGAUGUUUACCCAUUUUAAAUUAUCAUUUAAAUGGAAAAGUCGAGGAAAAUUAUCAUGAUAUUAUUAAAUUGAUGUUACAACAUUUAAAUAGUUUUUCUGAAGAAACAAAUUCUAUUUUAAUGAAAAUCACAUUAAAUAAUGAUGAUAUUAAAAUUCUUCAUGAUUAUAUGAUACUUUUGAGUUCAGCUAAAGAAACAUCUUUACUACAAAAUCAAAUAUUUGAAUAUAUAGAAAUUAUGAAAAUAAAAAAUAAUAUUUCUAUUGAAACUAUUAAAGAUUUAAAUAAAAUUUAUGAUGAAUUUAUUGUAAAAAUUAUCAAAUAUUUUAAUGACAUUAAUUUAAGAAUUGAAGAACUUUUAAAAAACCAUGGACCUUAUGCGUUUGAAGAUAUCGAACGAUUAGUUAUUCAAAUGGAAAUGAUCCGUACCUUACCUGAUGUUGAAUCAAAAACUGCUCGAACAUUUUAUCAUAGUAUACAAAAUAUACGUGGAUAUAUGCAACAAUUACAAAGAGAUGCAGAAAAUGUACUUCAUACUCUUGAUCAUCAAUCAGGAGUGAUUGAUUUUCGACCUCUUUCACGAUUAUUAUUACGUUUAAAAAAGACCGAAUGGAUCGAUCGGAUUUGUGAGGGCACUUAUAAUUCGAUGAUUCGUCAUAUCAGAGACGAAUUAGAAGAGCGUGCUAAUCAGUUAGAAAGUCGUUUGAUGAGAUUAGAUUUGAGUUUAAAAUUCCCGGAAAAUAUUCGUUUAGCACUGGAAAUUAUUGAAAAAAUCGAAUCGAUGAAUAUUUUAGAAAAUACUAUUCCAAUAUUGAAGAACUAUCGAGAUCGAAUAAAUGAAUAUUUUAUUAAAAUUAUCAACGAAGUUUUCAAUCAUAUUAAAAAAACUUUCAAUUUCGCAAAUAAAACUAUAGAUCAUCUUAAACAAGAAUUGAUCGAAAUAGAACAAAUAAAAAAUGAAUAUGAUACUUUGUAUCCAGCUCGUAGUUAUUUAAGAAAAUUUGGAUACUCAGAUAGAGAUAUAUUGAAUCAAAAAAUUGAAAAUUUAAGAGUCCAACACGAUGUAGAACUCAAAGAAGCAGAAGCUGAAAAAUCUCGAAUGGAAUCUCAAUUAGAUAAUUUUAAUAUAACUAUUAGACAUUAUCAACAUUUAACUUCAUCAAAAAUAGGUUUUGGAAUUUUUGGUAGAUUGUUUAACACAAUAGGAAUAGGAGUUGAGCGAGUUGAUAUUCAACCAAAUGAAUAUUUAAAACAAAAGGGAUACUUAAACAUUGAAAUCUUCAACGACACUAUGACAAAAGUUCAGAAAGAUUAUGAUAAACAAUUACGAUUGAUUGAGCAAAGACGUACAGAGUUUAAUAAUACUUUAACACAUUUUGAAUCAAUCAUCAAGGAAUAUGAUUCGUUAUUAGCUUCAAGUAAUUUAAUUUCUUCUGAAGUAAUAGAUUUUCUACAAGAGAAAGGACAAUAUAGUUACGAAUUACUUGAAAAAACUAUUCAAGAAAAAAAGAAAAUUCUCACUGAAUAUGAAAAAUGUAAGCAAAAAUAUUAUUUUACUGACAAAUUAGAUGCCCUUGUAGCAAAUAAUGCAUUGAUAUAUAUAAGUAACUGCGAAAAAGUAGGACAUCAUCAUGUCAAAAAAGUGGCAGCGGAUAUGAGUGAUUUCCUGAGAAAGUAUAUAGAAGAGUAUGGUGAUUUUUUAAACAAGGAAAUUAUAAAAAAUUUCGCGAAUAUAAUUAAUCUUGAUGAAAGUGAUCCUAAUCAAUACUCAAAUAAUUUAGAAAAAUGUUUUGAAGAAUUAUUUUCUCUCAAUAAAUAUACACUUGUUUUCGAAAGUCUUCAUGGAGUCGACAAAAUAGAACACUGGCGACAACAGGUUUUUAAUUAUCAUCGCCUUCUUGAUAAUAAAAUGGAAGUAUACAAGAUUGAUGGUAUAAAUAAAGAAUUGAGAAGUACUUCAAUUAUCGCUCAGGCUUUGAGUUGUUUAGAUCGUUUCUGUAGAGAUAAGGAAUUUCGAGCUUUACACAGACAAUGUCAAUUUGACAUUGCCAAAAGAUCUCGAGAAGCUUAUGACAGGGCGAUAGAUUAUGUAUCGAAGGAGGAUUAUGCAAAUGCAAAUUUUGAACUAGAUGAUGUUAUUGAAGAUCCGCCCAAUCAGAAAUUUUUAACUCAAAUUAAAAAUAAGCUACAACCUUCUCUAAGUAAAGUGAUAAAAAAUACCAAAACUUGUGCACAUCAUCUUAAUGGAAAAAUCGAACGGGUGGAAGACAAUCGCAAUGAAAUUCGAGAAAUCAAUGAAAAUAUUGAAAAAAUUCGAAUAGUUCUAAAUGAACAUCAUAUUAUGGAAUUGAUCGAUAAACCAACAAAAGAGGUUCUUCAAAAUUUUGAAAAUGAAAUUAAUGAAAUUUUAUCGAAAGCUAUUUUAAAUGCAAUUGAAAAUAUUAAAAUGUUUAUUGAAGCUAAUAGUUUUCUUGAGGCUGAACAAUACAUGAAAAAUCUAAAACAUGCACAGAAUGGAUUAGCUAGUUAUUAUACAUCAAAAUCGGUUUACAACAAAAUAGAAGAAUUAGAAAUAAAAUUGAAUUGUCUAGUUAGUGAUAUUUUGCAACGUUAUGAUUUUUCAGAUAUUAACAAUUAUUCUAAAAACCCACCUAAAGACCUUAUAACUCAAUUAAAAAAGGUUAUUUCAGGUGGCUACGCGAAAUAUACUCAGGUUCAUACUUCUUUAAUGGAGAAAAUUCAAGACAAUUUUAGUCGAGCUAUAGAUAAAGUACAUCAGAAUUCUUUAAACGAUCGUUCUACUAAAAUACGUUCAAUCAAAUAUGCGUUUCACUUUUUACCAGAAGAAUUAAAAACGAUAUUUCAAUUUCAAAUAGAUGAAUUGAAUCAGUCGAAUGUCGAUCAAAAUAGACCAUUGGAGUUCGAUUAG